CUACCGAGUUUGACAGCUGAUUUUCGUAAUUAAACGCCGCUGGAUGGUUGACCUUUCGUUCGAUACGAGAUAAUAAACACGUUAUUUGAGACAUUUGAGACCUGUGUCUCGUUGGUGAUCGUUGUGACCAAACUACCAGUGUAGAUUCAUUUAUAAAAAUGUCCAAGGUAGUGUUUGUGAACACUACACCAUACGAUGGUCAGAAGCCGGGUACCAGCGGACUGCGCAAGAAAGUUAAAGUUUUUCUUCAGGAAAACUACACGGAGAACUUUAUCCAGAGUAUAUUAGAUGCGAAUAAAGAUGCUAUUGAGGGCUCUACACUAGUUGUAGGCGGAGACGGCCGGUAUCUCGUGAAGGAGGUUGUUGAUAAAAUUAUCAAAAUAUCCGCCGCAAAUGGAGUUGCUAAGUUACUGGUUGGACAGAAUGGGAUUCUCUCUACUCCGGCUGUGUCAUGUAUCAUCAGAAAAUAUAAAACUCUGGGUGGUAUUGUGUUGACCGCAUCUCACAACCCUGGUGGUAUAGACAACGACUUCGGCAUAAAAUUCAACUGCAGCAAUGGAGGGCCUGCCCCAGAUGGUACCACUAACGACAUCUAUAAACUCACAACUGUAAUCAAGCAGUACAAAAUUGCCAGUGACGUCUCUUGCCCCAUAGACAAGAUUGGCACUUACAAUUUCAAAGUAGAAGAUCGGCAGUUCACUGUGGAGGUUAUAGACUCAGUUAAGGAUUAUGUGGACUACAUGAAGGAGAUUUUCGACUUCCCCAAGAUCAAAGCCCUGAUCCAGGGAUCGGGGCAGUCCAAACCUUUCAACGUGCUCAUCGAUUCUAUGAGUGGAGUGACCGGGCCGUACGUGAAGCGCGUAUUCAUCGACGAGCUUGGUGCAUCCGAUAAGAAUAUCCGUCGGGUUGUGCCUCUAGAAGACUUUGGGGGGGCACAUCCGGAUCCUAACUUAACCUACGCGGCUGACUUGGUUGAGGCCGUGAGGAACGGCGACUAUGACUUCGGUGCAGCCUUCGAUGGGGAUGGUGAUCGCAACAUGAUAAUCGGUCGAGGCGCGUUCUUCGUGACCCCGUCUGAUUCCCUGGCGGUGCUGGCUAAUCAUCUGCACCAUAUCCCGUACUUUAAGGCGACGGGUGUGAGAGGGUUCGCGCGCAGUAUGCCGACUGCAGCUGCAGUCGAUAGGGUCGCAGCGGCAGUUGGGAAGGAAAUCUUUGAAGUACCCACUGGUUGGAAGUAUUUCGGAAACCUAAUGGACGCCGGUCGCCUGUCGUUGUGCGGCGAGGAGAGUUUCGGCACCGGCUCGGACCACGUGCGAGAGAAGGACGGCAUGUGGGCCGCUUUAGCUUGGCUCUCUGUCAUCGCCAACACGGGCCAAUCCGUGGAGGACAUCUUGAAGGAACACUGGGCGAAGUUUGGCAGGAAUUAUUUCACUAGGUACGAUUACGAAGAAUGCGCAAGCGCCCCUUGUAAUGAGAUGAUGCAGACCUUAGAACGCAAGAUUACAGAAUCAGGGUUCAUAGGAUCUUCCCAUUCUGCCGCCGGGAAGACUUAUGUGGUCAAACUGGCUGAUAACUUCUCAUACAUGGACCCUAUUGAUCAAAGCGUGUCCAUGAAACAGGGUCUCCGCAUCAUAUUCGAGGAUGGCUCCCGUAUCGUGAUGCGUCUGAGCGGCACCGGUAGCUCAGGAGCUACUGUCAGGUUAUACAUAGACUCUUACGAAGCUACAGACGUACUGGGCGACGCACAAGUGAUGUUGAGACCAUUGAUAGAAGUGGCUUUACAAAUAUCGCAGCUGCAGAAAUAUACGGGACGCGAAGCUCCCACCGUUAUUACAUAAAUAUGACUUGGAAAUUGUAAUUUAAAUGGGGGUUUGGCGCCAUUGCAUCGAGUCUAUAGGAUAACUUUAUAGUUUUAAGGGUAACGCAAAAUUUGUGUAUUUAACUCACAAGCAAUGAGAACGCGCAUAUUAUGGAAUAAAAAACAGGUUCAUUGAGUAAUAGUAUAGUAAAGUUUUAUUUGGAUUAAUGUAUUUAAAUAUUAAAGUCUUAUAAAAAUCAAUCACUCAGUUUUGCAACGCAAGUGUCUACGCAUUUGCACAAUCAGUGAGGCAUUUGUAAUAGAUGUGCCAUUUUUUAGGCGAAAAUGAAAUUAUUGUAGUACUUACUAUAAUUAUCUAAGCGAAGUGAAGACUGGCUCGAUAUAUUUGGCGUCAAAAUCUCAAGAUAAAAAUUAAGAAUGCGUAACUCCAGCAUUCUUAUGAAAAAUGUUGACGACUAGGAUGUAUGUACUUGGUAGCUCAUGCCUUUGGAAAUAUUUCAAUCACUACUGAAAAAGAAUAAAGGAAUAUUUUUGUGACUCUUCUAAAUUUAGCUCAUAGCCAUAGAGAGUGGACUAAAUGAUCCUCGCAUUUAAUCGAUAAUUUACUUACCUAUCGGCAUAUCGCUUUCUCUUUGAGACUUAUCUCUGUCUUACUUUACAUUUGGACAGGAAAUCAACUAUAUUAAAAACCCUAGAGACACCACAUGCGCUAAUAAUGUGUCCGAAUCAAGAAGUGCUUAAACAUCACUCAAGCACUUCUUGGUUCACAGUCACUCGCAAACCGUUCAAAAGUCACGAUACUUCAGAGCUCUUUGAAAAAAUCGAAAAUUAUACUGACAUAAUGUACUUAUUAGUGUCGUUUUUUCGAUAGGUAUCGAAUCAACGUUUGUUAAUUUAACGCAUUUAAAGCAAAUUUUGUUUUAAUAAUUACUAUAAACUAGAAAAUAGUUGUGAUAUUCAAAUGCAUGGUCGAUUAUAUAGCCGUUUCUUAUGCAAUAUUGCUAACACCGCAUUCAGAAUUACGCGUAGAGUCAAAGAAAUAAAGUCUAUAUUCCUCCGCCUGUACCAACAAGUCGUAAAAUUUUAUGAGCUUGCAUUUAGAACUGUCAUAACUCUUUGACGCAUGCG